GCUGUGACAUAAAUGCCGAUGAUUAUCGUACGGAAACGCAGGUUAAAUGUCACCAGGGUCAAUGGGGGCGGAGUGAUGUUGGUGUCGGUAAUUGGAUCGCAUGUUUGUUCCCCGCAGUGAUCAUCCUUCCGAUGCAACGGCACGUAAGGCGAGGGAGAGAAGACAUCAUCUAUAACAUUGACAUAUCAUCCUUAUGCUGUCGAUCCCCGUCUAUAGCUUACCUGAAUUUAGAAACGUUUUGCUUAAUAAAUAGCACUGGAGCGCAAUGGAUAAGCUAAGGCCGCUUGGACGCGGCGUUGAGGAUGUAUUGCUGCCCACGUUCGCUGCUUAUGCGCAGUACCUCAUCGCUAAGGAGAGCGAAAUCAAAUCGACACGGCGCGAGACGCAUAAGUACGGCCCGACCGCACGACAUCAGCUAGAUAUCUACUAUCCUGAAAAACCGCCCACAGCACCGUUCCGAGCUAAGCCUGUGCUCGUUUUCUUGUACGGCGGCGGCUUCGUGAGCGGGAAUAAGGUGAACGAGGAAUUCGCCCACAGCUUGGUGUUCAGGAACCUCGGACACUUCUUCGCUUCCAAGUACGGGAUCACGGUUAUCGUUGCCGAUUACCGCCUCGUCUCCCACGGAGCCAAGUACCCGUCGGGUGGCGAGGAUGUCAAGCUCGUCGUCGACUGGGUCGUGAAUACUCUAUCGAAGAAGGAAGGAUACGAAUCCAUCGACUUAUUCCUGCUAGGUAACUCGGCAGGCGGUAUUCACGUGUCGACCUGGCUCCUGUCCCCUGUCUUCAAGGAAUCCAGGGAGGCGAUCCUAUCCGAGGAGCGCAAAGGCGCGGGCGUGCUACUCAGGGGCGCCAUCUUACUCGGCGUACCGUACCACUGGGGCAAGGAGGAUAACGCGAUUCUGAGAACGUACCUGGGAGAGGGCAAGAUUUGGGAGAACUGCUCCCUGGGCAUAUUGGAAAAGGAGAAGAAGAAAGGCGCCCAGCCGACUCUUCCCGGUGUUAAGAUAAGCCUGCUUGUUAGCGAGCUCGACCCCGAAUUGAUAUUCGACUCGGCGCAACAGUUUAGGAAAGAGUGGACUACCGUCGAUAUUUCAUACGCGGUCCUAGAAGGUCAUAAUCAUAUCAGUCCGCAGUUGGGCCUUAGUACGGGUAUUGAGAAGGAAGAGGCAUGGGGCGUGGAUGUUGCCGAGUUCUUGAAGUCUUGUGCUACAAAAUGACAGUCCGUAUGAUGCAUAGUAUCCAAGAAUAAAAGAACAUCUACCCUGGCUCGACGCGACGAUAUAUG